AUGGCGACUUUGCUGAAGUAUUGCGGUACUACGACUAAUGUCGUGCAUUUCCGUAACGCUGCGGUGCUCAGCUCCUCUAGGCGCAAAAUGCCACUCCUUACGGAACCAGAACGUGAACAGAUGCUUCCUCCUUUACUAAACAUCCACCAUUGGGAGUUGUGCCAACAUGGUUCUAGAGAGGCCAUACGACGCUCUUUUAUGUUUAAAAACUUUGAUGUAGCAUUCGACUUCAUGAAAAAAAUAGCAGACAAAUCCAAAGUUAUGAAUCAUCACCCUGAAUGGUUCAAUGUGUAUAAUAAGGUAUGUCGCUUGUCAGUAUCAGUAGAUUCUCCAAUACAAAUUCCAUUUUUUUAAAAAUCCAUGUCAUUUUCAGUAACAACUUCACUGCGGUAAGUCCAUCCACAGUAGCCCUACAAAACGGUAGUUUAUAUGAUUUAGAUUUAGGGAACUAAAUUAUGAUGAAAAACCGAUCAAAUUUCAGGUGAGCUACUGGUAUUUUUACGCAGGAUUCACUUGUACUUUUGACUACUUGUAGUCCUUGUACCAAGACUGGUGUCAGUUUAUAAAGAAAAUGUUUCAACUGUUUUGUUUUAUCGGCUCGGUAACAUACAUAAUUCCCGUGUGACACCGUGUAAUGUAAAAUAGCUGCAUAAAAUCACAUAAGAUUGAUCCAAUCAGAAUAUGGUAGUACUUGAUAUAAAUAUCAAAACUGACGGAAUACUGC